CACUUGGAGACUAGUCAGGAUCGAGGGAAAGAUGAACAGAGCAAAGUACAGAGAGAUCCUUGAUGAAAACCUGCUAAUAUUAAGGGACCAAAAUACCCCCAGAAAUCUCACAAUUGAUAAGUACAGUAGGUGCCAAAAUGUCCUUUCUGCCGGUGCUGCCUCGCCCUAAAAAAUAAUACAUUAUAAAUGUUUCAUAAUAGUUGAUCAAUGCUUAUUCAUGGAAGUUGUUAUUCAGUGAUAACAGCGUUGAUUGAAUAUGGAGACGGAGUCUUUGUGGUCGAAUGGAGGGAAAAGAGAUGGUUUAAAAAGGUGUUAAAUAAUGGAUCUAUUUUACUGUUUUAAUCUUUAAACUCUAUUCAUGCAAUAUUACUGUAUUAUUGGUACCUAGGGAUGCAAUAUUACUGUAUUAUUGGUACCUAGGGAUGCAAAAUUACUGUAUUAUUGGUACCUAGGGUUGCAAUAUUACUGUAUUAUUGGCACCUAGGGUUGCAAUAUUACUGUAUUACUGCUACCUAGGGUUGCAAUAUUACUGUAUUAUUGGUACCUAGGGUUGCAAAAUUACUGUAUUACUGCUACCUAGAGUUGCAGCAUUACUGUAUUACUGGUACCUAGGGUUGCAAUAUUACUGUAUUAUUGGUACCUAGGGUUGCAAUAUUACUGUAUUACUGCUACCUAGGGUUGCAAUAUUACUGUAUUACUGCUACCUAGAGUUGCAGCAUUACUGUAUUACUGCUACCUAGGGUUGCAAAAUUACUGUAACUUUCACCAAAUUAGCUGGAUUUCCUGCUUUUCCCCCUCAUAAUUCCAGGAAUCUUCCAACCAGGAAAUGUUGGUAAAGUUUUGCAACCCUACUGUUACCACAUGAAUGUUUUUCCAACACCAACAGGCGCUGGGAUUUGAUCCCAGAGCGGACGACUACAUUCUCAAAGCCAUCGGAAUAUUUGGUGGAUUUUACCUGCUGUUCUUCACAGAGAAAGUACUGAAGAUGGCACUAAGAACAGAGCAUGAGCAUGGCCACAGUCACUUCUCUCCUCCAGGUCAGCGGAGGCAGAACUCUCUCCAGAACGGAGAUGUGUCUGAGAAGAAAGAGUCUAUCACCAUGACUACGUGUACCAUCAGCACCAUCAGUACAGACAACACCAGCCCAGACCCUCCAGUAUCAUCCACAGAACCACCUGCUCAGUUCCCAGAGAUGAACGCCGUGAUGAAUGAACAGGACGGGUCGACGGCGACCAAUGUUAUCUUCUUCCUGAUCCAGAACGCCGGGCUGCUCACCGGGUUCGCUAUCAUCUUGCUCAUCACCAUGUUCGUCGGUGAGAUCAACCUGGGUUAGAGCCAAUGCCGUAGCUAUAGUAACACUAGAUGACUGACAGGAGGGGGGGGGGG